AUGCCUCUCCGAAACACCACGGGGAUGGCCUGUUCAUACAUGCGCAUGGCGCUGGGGCUGGCCGCCUUGAGCGCCCUUGCGGCAAGAGCCGAUGCUUCACCAAAGGUGAACGCCUCCAUUGCUUCAGCCUGCUGGUCUGAGGACCGGGACGUCUCAGGCGGUAUAGGCCUGCUGAGCCUGCGCGCGCGUAAGGAGGCUGCGAGCUCGCGGACGCCGAGCCUUCCGACGCCGGAAGUUCUAUAUCGCUGGGGCACCAAUCACCAUAACAUCGUUCUGUUGGAUACCAUCAUAUAUGUACUCGGCUUCGCCGCUCUUCACGUACUUCUCCAGGCUUACUUCAAGGACACCGAACCAGAGCAUAAAGAUGCCAAGCCGCGCCUGGAUCUUCUCGACAAUGCCAAAUUCUGGAUGAUGGUGCUGAUAUGUCUAGAUCCCGAGCACACGCGUGGCGGUCCUAUGACGCACUUUUUUCAGUUUCACACCCGUGCAUUUGCCUUCAUCAGUGGAUGGGUGACCCGCAACCGAAGACCAGACAGAUAUGGAGUUCAGAGUCUAGGUCAGCAGGUGGCAUCCUUGCUACUCUUUGUUGUCUUCUUCGCCCCCGUGGCAAAGUAUAUCGAGCCAGUCACCGGAGGAAGAUUUCCCAAAUCAGUCACCGAGUACUUCGCUGUGAUCUACCACACCUUGAAGUACCCCUUUUCCCACACGGGAACCCACAUAUGGUAUGCGCAGGCUCUGAUCUUUUGGCAGCUUUGUGGGUUUCUUCUUGUGAGCCUCCAACCUACAGCCAAGAUCCUCUUGUCGUGUCUUGGCUUUGUGUUCUUCUGGCUCGCUCCACCAAUUCCUUUCGCCGUGAGCACCGCUCUGGUCUUUCUGCCCUUCUUCUUCAUUGGCCAGGCAUUUCCUAUAGAGAGGUGUGUGAAAGCGCUGCCUGAGCUGGGCCCGCGGAGCAUGUGCACGGGCAUCGCUCUGAUGACGGCCAUCUUCUUCUUUGAGGAGCAGCUUCCCUUCAUUCGGGACUUGCUGAGUGUCACGAACCGGGGCCCCGACACCCUCGAGCCGUCAGAACUUGGAUUCGCUUCGGUGGUCCAAAAUCUUGGGAAGUCGACGUUUAUGUCAUUGACAAGCUUUGUGAAGGUGCUGGUGUUUUUAGCAUGCUUGUGCCCUCGCUCAGCGUCCUGGUACACAGACUUGGGCAAGCAUUCCUUGUACACCUACCAGCUCCAUCAGCUCGUGAUCAACGCUUUCGGCGUGGGGUUCAUCUACAAGAUGCACGACUUGGCCGAGGCAUUGCCACUCUGGGCAUAUUGGCUCCCAUAUCUUCUGUUUUGUACACUUCUGAACGCACUGCUGGCUUCCAAGCUCGUUCGAUGGAGCCCCUUGAGCCUGAUUCUGGAGCCGACUUGGGUCAACCAGCUCAUCAACCAAGUCAUCGCAGCAGACGACUCGGAGAAGAAAAUGCUCGAGAAGACUCUGAGCGAAAAGGAUGCCGAGAUCAAGAGGAGCAAAGAGGAGCAAGCGUCCCUCCAGAAGAAGCUGAUGCAAGCCGAAACCGAGAAGCAGGCCCGCGCCCGGGCGGAGAAGGAGAAGGAAGAGCAGAUCAAGCAGCAAGAGGAGAAGAUCAAGGCUCUCAAGAAGCAGACAGAAGAGUUGGAGGAGCUCAAGCGUGAGCAGGAUUCCCCUCCUCAUCCCAGCCAUACUGAGUGA